AUGAAGUUCUUCGAGCUGCAAGAGUCAAUGGCUUGUACGCCGUUCCUGUUGCAUUUUCUUCAGAUCCUUGGCAUACGAGGAGGAGGCCAUGCCGGGUUGUUUCGAUUUGUGGGUGGCCUGCUGGCCGGUUGGACUGUUCUGUGGAUUCCCAAAGCCUUCUUCGGUUUCGGCGACGAGCUGGAUCUGAACAUACGAGGAUAUUCGGAACUGCUGUUUAUGUUCAACAUCGACGCGAGGGCGAUCAUAUUUUACCUGAAUAUUGCGAAAUUGGAUGAGUUUGUCGAGCUGGUGCAAAACGUGUUUAAUCAAGUGACAAAACUGAGCCCAGAUUCUCCGUCGUACACCACGGUUCUCAAGUCAAAUCAAGCGUUGGACCGGAUCGCCAAAACCUACGUGAUAUUUGCAGCCGUUGCUGGGGUCGUUUUUGUAAUUUUUCCGGCAUUGCAAACCAUCGUGAUUUAUACCUUGAACCAUAGAGAUGGCGCUGAAACUCUUAAAUAUGUUACAUCGUCAGUGCACGAGUAA